AUGGACAACAACACUUUGAAUGUGUUAUCCAAGAUAACAAGUGCAAUAAAAUACACGUCGUUAUCCAGAAUAGAGAUUUCGAACAGUCGAAAGAAAGGUUACAUGAGCAUUGAACUUAUAUGGUUUAUAAUAGUGACCCUUUAA